UAGUACCGAGCAAGACAAAGCUCUCGGCACAAAACCCCCAAACCCCAGGCGCCCCACCCCCACACGCAUCGCACACCACCCAUCCAACCCAUCCCCAUCGCAGCCCACGCGCCCGGGACCCGAGCAGCAGCCAUGGCCAAGGGAGCAGCCGGAGGAGGGGGAGGGGGCGCCGUGAAGACGGCCCUGGUCGUCACCGGCGGCCUCGUCCUCGCCUGGCUCACCGUCGAGUCCGCCUUGAAGCCCUUCCUCGACCGCCUCCGCGGCGCCGUCUCCCGCUCCACCGACCCCGCCCGCGACCCCGACGAGGACACCGCCGCCCCCGAGGAGGACAAGUCGCCCGCCACCGCUGCCGCCACCGCCGCCGUCGCCGCCGCUGUCGCCUCCUCCGUCGCCGAGGAGAAGGACCCCGCUGUCGCCGUCGCCGCGCCCGAGCCGUCCGCGCCCCCGCUCCCUGCCGAGGCGGUGGAGAGCGAGGAGAAGGGAGCGGACGGGGAGGUCGAACUGGGCGAGAAGGGGGAGGCGGCCGUGGCCGCCAAGGCCGAGUGAAGACGACGGUGCUCGCCUCGCCUGGCUCCACUUCUGAAUCGUACGCUAUGAAUCUAAUCUACGCGUCUGGAGGUUGUGAUGGAUGAUGCAAUGUUUUGAACUCUGUUAUCGGUAUCUGCAUCUUUAGGGCCCGUCUUAAGAUUGAGGCUUACCCUGGGUCAAUUUCCGACAUUUUGCAUUCAGUACUUGAUGUCAUGAUAUAUACAUCUGUAUGGAUGGUUUCAUUUCCCAUGGAAACCGCUUGCUAUUCCUGUGGACAGGAAACUUAUUGUCACAUAGUUUGUUCUAGCUCUUGAAGCUGCAUGUGGUUCAGUCAUUUUAAUCA